AUGGAGGACCUCAGCGCUCGCCACGACCGCAUCGCGCGCCGCAAGCCCCCGGCCGCGGCUGGGCAAGGCAGCGAAAGUGGCUGCGACGAGGCGCAGGCGCAGGCGCCGGCGCAGGCGGCGGCGGGCGCGCUGCUGGCGCGCGUGACGGCGCUGGAGCGCGGCGCGGCGGAGCGGCUGGGUGAGAUAGACGCGCGCGUGCAGGCCCUUGAGCAGCAGCCUGAACGUCAGCAGCAGCAGCAGCAGCAGCAGCAGCAGCAGCAGCAGCAUGGUGCGGAGCCUGAGCGCAGCUCGGCGUAUCCAGGCGAGCUGCAUGGCCGCAUCGCCGCCCUGGAGGAAGCCCUGCAGGCGGUCGGGCGUCGCGCGGACGCGGCCGUGGGCGUGUCUGCUGAUGCGGCGCGGAGGGCGGCGGCGCUCUUGUCCGAGGUCAACAGCGCACGGGCAGCGGCCGCAGCCGCGGCCGGCACGGCGGAGGAGAGGGCGGCGGAAGCUGGGCGGCAGCUGCGGGAGCACGUCUGCGUCGAGAUAUUCGGGGCCGGCCUCGACGGCGCCACGCCCACCUGCGCGUCGCACGCGCUGCCGCGCGCGCGGGGCGCCUUCGGCCGCGGGGCUGUGGACGUGUUCACGCUGACCGGCGCGCCGCGGCUGGGGAGGGUGGAGGCGCUGGCGGUGUGGCACGAGCCGGGUGGGGCGGCGCUGGGCGGCGGGUGGAGCUGCGGGGUGGUGGAGCUGGAGGACCGCCACAGGGGCGAGGCGUACCGCUUCGUGAACCCCGCCAAGGAGGGCUGGCUCUUCCGCGGCAAGCGCAACGCCGUGACAAUGCAGCCGCAGCAGGUCUUCCGGCUGGAUGAUGAGGGGGAGGCGCUGGCGUUGCAGGCGGACGAGCUGCGGCGGCAGCUGGAGGCCAACGAGGGGCUCACUCAGGAGGAGCGGCAGCUGGUAGCCGCACGCCUCGAAAGCAUCAAAGCGGCGCGGCAGCGCGCAGGAGCCCGCGGGGCCGCCGCGGCGGCUGUGCAGGGCAGGCAGCCCGCGCAGCACCAUGUGGUGCAGGGGCGGUGA